AUGGCGCUCCCCAACUUCGCCAACUAUGUGCUGCCGUUUUGGUUCUCGCGAUGGGUGUCGCUGGCGGCGGGCGUCUACCUCAUGAUACUUUCGGGCUCAUUCUACCUGUUCUCGGUCUAUUCGAGCACCAUCAAUGUCAUCUUUGGCUACACCACUGCGCAGACUAACUUAGUUGGCACCCUCGGCAACGUCGGUCUGUCCUUCCCCUCCCAUCGCUCCCUGCCCUUUCCGUUUGCUUAUCCUCACGCGUCGAUGCCUGCAGGCGGUUUGUUCAGUGUGCUGGGCGGCCUGUGGCUAGAUCGCUUUGGGCCGCGGUCGACAGUCAUCAUCGGUGGCAUUAUGAGCUUCGUGGGCUACUUCCUGUUGUGGGCGGCGGCGAACUGGUUCAACACGAUUCCAAGCUAUGUGCUAGGCCUUUUCUCUUUCACCUUAGGCCAGGGCAGCUGCUGGAUCUACAGCGUCGCACUCAAGAUCAACACUCAGAACUUCCGCGCAAAAGAUCGAGGAAAGGUGGUGGGCUCGCUGAUCUGCUUCUUCGGUCUGGGUUCAGGCGUGCUCACGGAAAUGGGUCUCAUGAACCGAGUUAUGUUCGUCAUUGUCAUGGCCGUUGUCCUGGCUCUCUACCAAACCGGCGCGUCUUUGGCUGGUGGCUUGACCACUGUUACCCCGCUGCCAUUUGGCAUCGCCUUGCUCGUCUUGAUGUUGGGUUUCCUGCUAGUGCCGGUCAAGACCGGACCCCUGGUCUUCUUCCGCAGUCGGCUCGCCGAGGAGGAAGGGAAGGUCGUAACAGAUGGAAUUGCACUGAUGGUGAAUGAUGACUUGAUGGAGGCGAGCGACGAUGACCUAAAGAGAAGCCUCCGCGACAGCAGUCUAAAGCCCAACAGCGAUCUCGAGGAUCUGAGCCUGCUUCAGGUUCUCAAACGCCUCGACUUCUACAUUCUCUUCGUCAGCUACUUUUUGUGUACCGGUCCUGGCAUCACUGCCGUCAACAAUCUCGCUGAGAUGGUGUUCGCCAAUGUCAAAGUCGAGCCCGACGUCACUAUAACAAUCUUUGUCGCUCUGUUCUCCACGUGCAACAUGCUGGGCCGGAUGGCAAUGGGCUGGAUCUCGGACUGGGUCACGACACGGUUGGGCAAGCCCGCGCGAGUGCUGUUCCUCGUCUUCUCAGCGUUUCUGAUGGGCCUCGUCCAGCUGUGGUUCUCGUUCGCGAAAUCCGUAUGGCUGCUCUAUCCGGGCGUCAUCGCGCUCGGCAUCGCCGGCGGCGGUGUAUUCUUCUGCGUGCCCACUCUCACGAUCGAGUUCUUCGGCUUCAAGAACUUUGCCACCAACUUUGGCAUUAUCAACCUGGCUGCCGCUGCCGGCAGUCCGGUCUUCUCCACGCUGAUUGCCGGCAUGCUCAACGAUCACUACAAGGAAGACGGUAACUUCCUCACCGUCGAUUACGAGGGCGGCCCCACCACGUCUCACUGCAACAACAAGUUCUGCUUCCGGUACUCCUUCUGGGUCAACGCCGGCGCUUGCGCCAUCGGUGUCGUCCUCUCCCUGUGGCUGUGGCACCGCCGAAUAACCUACGAGCGCGCCCUUAUCCACCGCCGUUAG